GGCCGCCCUGUGGGCGCUGCCUUCCCUCCCCCAGACCCAGACGCCCAGACCGACCCACAGACUGCUGGACUCUGCCAUGGCCCGGCUUCCGGGGCCCUUCUUCUGCGGGGCCCUGCUGGGCUUCGUCUGCCUGGGCGCCCCCGGGCUAGCCGUGGAGGUGAAGGUACCCGCCGAGCCCCUGAGCACCCCCGUGGGCAAGACCGCAGAGCUGACCUGCAGCUACAGCACGUCGGUGGGAGACAACUUCGCCCUGGAGUGGAGCUUUGUGCCGCCUGGGAAGCCCAUGUCUGAGUCCCACCCGAUCCUGUACUUCACCAGUGGCCAUCUGUAUCCAACUGGUUCCAAGGCAAAGAGGGCCAGCCUGCUUCAGAACCCCCCCACAGGAGGGGUGGCCACCCUGAAGCUGACUGAUGUCGACCCCUCGGACACUGGAACCUACCUCUGCCAAGUUAAUAACCCACCAGAUUUCUACACCAAUGGGUUGGGGCUAAUCAACCUUACUGUGCUUGUGCCCCCCAGUAGUCCCUUGUGCAGUAAGAGUGGUCAGACCUCCGUGGGGGGCUCUGCUGCCCUGAAGUGCAGCUCUUCCCAGGGAGCCCCCAGGCCAGUGUACAACUGGGUACGCCUUGGAUCUUUCCCUACACCUUCUCCUGGCAGCAUGAUGCAAGAUGAGGUGUCUGGCCAGCUCAUUCUCACCAAUCUCUCCCUGACCAAUUCUGGCACCUACCGCUGUGUGGCCACCAACCAGAUGGGCAGUGCGUCCUGUGAGCUGACCCUCUCUGUGACUGACCCAUCCAAAGGCCGAGUGGCUGGGGCCCUGAUUGGGGUGCUCCUGGGCGUGCUGUUCCUGUCAGUUGCUGCGUUCUGCCUGAUAAGGUUCCAGAAAGAGAGGAGAAAGAAGCCCAAGGAGACAUAUGGGGGUAGUGACAUUCGGGAGGAUGCCAUUGCGCCUGGGAUUUCGGAGCAAACUUCUGUGAGAGCUGAUUCUAGCAAAGGGCUCCUGGAGAGGCCCCCCUCUGCCAAUAGUGUGACGACCACCAAGUCCAAGCUCCCUAUGGUUGUGUGAUUUCUUCCCCUAUCCUUGAGGGGG